AGUAACUUUCACUGUUGUCUCAGUAUUGAAACAACAAAUAUUAUUUCUAUACGUGAUUAUAUCAAAUAAACAAAAAAUAUUCUCAAAUAUUUUUGGCAAAUAGAAUAUAUAUAUAUAUAGAAAAUCAUCUUUAUAAACAGAGGUAGUAUUUCGCAACCACUUACAUUUAUCAAUAACACAUUAUAUUCGAGAAAAUAUUCACAAAAAGAUGCUGGGAAAUUCAAAAGUCAUACUUUUCACAUUGUCUAUAAUCAUGCUGUAUGUCAGCCAAACAGCUUUAAAGGUUUAUGCCGAGCCGAUUCGUCGUUGGUAUCCAGCGGAGGGAGCACCUAGAGGAAGUUUAUACACUCCAGGUGAUAAUGCAGAAGAAUUCAUGGAUUCUUAUUCCAAUGGAAUGUUCGAUCCAACGGCUGCUAAACGAGCUGUACGACUAAUGAGACUGGGAUAAUUAGUUGGGUCGUAUGAAAUAUGAAAUAUAUUCAUAAAAGACAUAUGUUGGUUAAAAACUAACCUUUAAAUUACUCUUUUAUUUUAAAUUCUAAACGGAGCAUAUGGUUUAAUUAAUAAAUUGUUUACAAAGUGACAA